AAAAAAGUAGCUCGAGAGAGUUGAGGACGAAGAAGGCGAAAGUGAAAGAAGAGAAAAAAUUAAGUCAUUAGCUACUUUACUAAAAAAACACAACUCUUUCACAACGAAAGAAGAAAAAAAAGAAAAAAAAAAGAAGAUGAGAGCUUUAGAAGAAUCUAAGAUCUCUAUUGUUCUGCUGCUUCUUUGCUUCUCAGUCUUCGUCACUUUCAGUCUCCAGGCAAAUGAGCUAACAGCACAAUCUAAAAAAAAAGGAGGAGAGGUGAGAAUGGAGCCAUUAAUGGAGGAGAAGUUUAUGGUAAUGAAUGAAACAAGAAGGAAGCUUGGGAGUUUCCAGAUAUGUUCAGUUUGCACUUGUUGUGGAGGUGUAAAAGGAGCUUGCCUACCUCUACCUUGUUGCUUUGCAAUUAACUGCAACAUCCCAAAUAGACCCUUUGGUUAUUGUUCCUUCACUCCCAAAUCCUGCAAUUGCUUUGGUUGCCAUGUCUGAGAUCUUUCAUUGUGGGCAGAGAAAGAAUAAAUCAACAAUCUUGAUUUCAUAUGCAAAGUGUGAAAGGGAAGAAAAUGGAGUAUCUGUUCUUGGUUUGGUUCUUUAUUUUUAUUAUUUUUGUUUAUAAUUUUAUUUACAGUCUUCUUUAAAUUCAUUACCAACUAUCUUCAGCAACAUCAUCAUCCUCAUUAAUUAAUUAUCUUUUUGCAUUGCCAUUCUUAUAAAAAAAACAAAUUAGGGUCUUUUAUGGAGGAUCUCACCCACACUUCAAGCUAUAUUUGUUUUUCCUUCUCUUUCAUUCAGUUUCUAUAUCUGUUUUUUUUUUUCUGUUUUCUCCAUUUUGUUUCCCAUCGGUUAUUUUAUCACCAAGAUUUGUACUUGUGCUCUUGUAGCAUAUUUUAUUCAUAUUUUUUUUGGUUAACUUGGGUAUUGGAAGAAUAUUAAUAUGACGAUGAUGGUGUUGAUGGUGAUGGACUGAUGGUAGUGAUGUUGAAACUGCUAUUUAAGCCUUUGUGAUGCGUGGAAUUAUUAAGAAGGAUCAAGUUUAGUGCUC